GUUUAGGUUUCCUCCUGUAGUAACACUGGAACAAUAAGAGAUGAUCCUUACUGGACCUCUAGGAAGAACAGUUUAGAACUGAUAGAGCUAUCCAAUAUAAAUAAAGUUCGUUUAGGUUAGGUUUUCUCCUGUAGUAACACUGGAUAAAUAAGAGUAAGGAUAUCCUUACUGGCCAGAACUCUAGGGAGAACAGUUUAGAAUAGCAGACAGAGCUAACCAGUAUAGAUGUUGAUUGUUGAACAGAGUUUUUCACUCAAUUUAGGUCCUAAUGAAACCACUAGAAUUGCUCUGCGAUAUUCAGCUUCAACAUGGCGCCGUGCCUCGCUUGAGUAAGGAAGAAAAGAGAGAAAUACUGGAGCAAGAAGAGAAGAAAAAGAGUAAGGAUAUCCUUACUGGCCAGAACUCUAGGGAGAACAGUUUAGAAUAGCAGACAGAGCUAACCAGUAUAGAUGUUGAUUGUUGAACAGAGUUUUUCACUCAAUUUAGGUCCUAAUGAAACCACUAGAAUUGCUCUGCGAUAUUCAGCUUCAACAUGGCGCCGUGCCUCGCUUGAGUAAGGAAGAAAAGAGAGAAAUACUGGAGCAAGAAGAGAAGAAAAAAGAAAUGGAAGAACAAAGUGAGAAAAAAGAAAUAAAGAAACAUGACAAAAUACCAGGAAAAGAAACAGAAAAUCCACAACAAGGCGGAGAUGACGAAUCCAAACAAACACAAGAGCAAACAGGAAAUGAAAUGCUACAACAGGAAAACAAUCAAAUUAAAAAACACGAGCGUGACAUAGAACACGUUCCUAAACGAGCAAAAUUGGAUGAUUGAUUGGAUUGCUUAGUUAUGUCUAUGUAGUGUGAGGACUAAAAAGUCCGAACCGAUCACUCAUCCUUACCUGAAAACGAUAUCUCAAACAUGAUGGUCGGCAAAUCUAGGUAGUAUUCUACAAUAAGUUGUCGUGGUUUGUGUCUAAAGACUAAACUACAUGAAGACGAUUUGGAAAAAUCCUAUGCCAAAAUUUCGAAGUUUCCUUAAACGUUUUGCCUUGGAACAGUUAAGAGCAAACAUUUUUAGGUAGUCGAGUUUCACGAACAUCUAAUGCACGUUUUGAUUAGUGGUUUGAUCAUUUAUUGGGGGGAAAUAAGAAAUUUAGGUCUUUUUAGGGUCUUGGUAGGGAUUUUUACCCAACUCCAGUGAUUUGGAAGUAAAUAAAUGGUUCGAGAAUUCAAUUUUCUUUCUCUAAAAAUGUGUCAACAUUUUUGAAGUAGUUGACCGCCAUCUAUCAAAAUUUCACUAGCUC